GCCGGGGAUGGAGGCGGUGGCCAACUGCUCCCUGCGGGUGAAGCGGCUGCUCUUGGACCCCAAGUUCGAAGGCUACAAGCUCUCCCUGGAGCCGCUGGCCUGCUACCAGCUGGGGCUGGACUCGGGACACUGCCCUUCGAAAGCCAAGAGAAGUAUUCAGGCUACCUACAGACUUGACAGCUUGUGAUAAUCGCCUUUGUGCAUCAAUACACUUUUCGUCUUCUACCUGGGUUACCAUUUCAGAUGGAACAGGAAGAUUGUAUCUUAUUAAAACGGGCAAACGUGGAGAUGCUGCAUCUGAAAAGUGGGAGGGCGGCCUGUGGACACCCAUUUGGGGAGGUUAGACCCUGAGCAGAUCUGUAGUUGGUUGGCAUCCUGUGUCCAGUUGAUAAAGUCCUUGCAUUCCCUGAUGCUACACAGACUAUCCAGCUCCUCCUGCAGCUUUCUUACCUGUUUCCUGAAGACUCCACCAAAAGAUGUCUGUCACACUGGCUGGUGUCCCCCCCGCCUGGCUUUCGUUGGCAAGGACAUGCAGGCUGAAUUCCCAAUUAUGUUUAAUGAAGAAUUUGGGAGUCCCUUUGUUAUAGCCCACAGUGUUUCCUUUGUAAAGUCAGAUGUGCAUUCAGUAGCUGGGCUUCUGCUUCGAGUAGAAAAAGAUGAACUGGAUGCAAAAGGAAGUGGCUUCCAUGUAUCCUUGGAGUGGGUUACAAUCACAGAAGUAGACAAAGAGGAAAAUCAAAGAUAUGAAAUCUUCAGGCGCAGAGUUCUCCGAGGAAAGUCAGUCCCUCAUUAUGCAGCUAUAGAGCCAGGUGGGGAUGGUCUAAUGAUUGUCUCCUACAAACCCUUCAGAUUUAUGCAGGAUGAGGAGAAUCAGCUUGAAGAAAAUGAAGAUGGGAAAAUAGCAGAUAAAAAGAAAGACCCUGUCUAUUACUGGCAACAGACUGAAGAUGAUUUGACCGUAACAAUUCAUCUUCCCCAAGACAUCACUAAAGAUGACAUACAAGUACAGUUUUCUCCUGAUCAUAUCAUUGUAGCAUUGAAAAGUCAGCCUCCUUUGGUGGAAGGAAAACUCUGUUCAUCUAUUGACCAUGAAAGCUGCACAUGGAUAAUUAGAGAUAAUAGUUUGGAGAUUUCUCUAAUUAAGAAGGAUGAAGGACCCAUGUGGCCAGAGCUGAUAGUGGGUGACUCACGAGGAGAAUUCAUCAUGGACUCUUCCCAGUGUUCUGCGGUAGCUGAACGUCUGAUGCAUCUUACCUCUGAAGAAAUGCAUCCAAACCCUGACAAAGAAAAUCCUCCUUGUAACGCACAGGAAUUGGAGGAAUGUGAUAUUUUUCUUGAAGACAGCACAAGCUUAUGCAGAUUUGAUGGUAACACCUUGAAAAUCACUCAUGUGGUGAAUCUUGGAAGCAACCAGUAUCUCUUCUCAGCAGUGGUGAAUCCCAAAGAAAUGCCUUGCUUCUGUUUGCGGCAUGAUGUUGAUGCUCUUCUCUGGCAGCCACGCUCUGACCAACCGGACAGUAUGUGGGAGCACAUUGCAACUUUCAACGCUUUAGGUUAUGUCCAAGCAUCAAAGCAAGACAAAAAAUUCACUGCUUGUCCUCCAAAUUACUCCUAUGCUGCUAUUUGUGAGUGCCUGCGUCGAGUGUUCAUCUAUCGACAGCCCACUCCUCUGUCCACAGUUCUCUACAACAGGAAGGAGGGAAGACAAGUAGGGCAGGUUGCUAAGCAGCUGGUAGCAACCCUGGAAGCCAGUGAUCCUAUCUUGGGCUUUCAGGCUACAAAUGAGAGAUUAUUUGUUCUCACAACAAAAUCCUUGUUUUUAAUAAAGGUAAACACUGAAAAUCAAUUAUCCAAUAUGUCAUGUUGACUUGGAUGUAUUCACAAUUGGUCUGAGAAAUGAUGAGAUAUUACCUAAAAAAUUAAAUCACAUACUGUUGAAGUAAAAUAUCAUAGUACCCUGUUUAAUUUUUAAAAGGACAACCAAAAUAUGUUCUCUGGAACAUGUGCCCAGUUGGAUAAAGCUUUUCAACUCCAUUGUCAAUGAAUUUUUUGGGGACUUCCAAUUCUAUGGAAAAGUGCAAGAAAACUCUCUGUUGUGCUAGCAGUAUUUUAAUCAGUUACCGGAGGCAUGUAUGAAAUGAUCCAUCCAUGCAUUGUUUUUUUCAUAUAGUUUUUCCACCACAGUUCUGCCAUUCAAGAAGAUCUUGAGUAUUCACUUAUUUCUAUUUUGUAUAAUUGCUAUAGUUUCUCUCUGUGGGUAUUAUUCAGAUAAAUAAAACAAGUCUUUGUUUUAUUAUAAGCUUACAUAAACACAAGGCAAAGGUCACACUUUACCCAAAUAAUAGAUAUUUUACAGAGCCAUUUAAAUUAUUUUUGAAAAUUUUAGUCUGUUUAUGUUUAAAUGUCUUCACUUAGUAUUAGCAAAUCAUGGUUCAUUGGCUAAAUGAUGGUGUGUUGGGGCAUCUGCUUUUUUCCAGGAUAUUUUUUGAUUCAGGUCAAAUAACCUUAUUAUAUAUGUGCAGUUGUAGUAAUCUGUUUGAAACACAUUUGUGCUUCCCAUUAAAUCUUCAAACAUUUUAAAAACUUAAAAACUAAAAUGGUUUUGGUAGCUUUCUCUUGGGAGCAGAACGUUCUAAGCUUCAAACAAGGUCACAUUUACUCAGAAGAAAAACUGACUAAAGUGAAAAAAGUGUUCAUCCUUUUUCUGAAUACUCUGCUCACUUGUUAACAAUGGGAAUGGACCCUGAAAUGUAUUCCACUCAGAAUACUUGCAUAGAAUCAUAUGUUUCCAUGUCCUUUUGAAGAAUUAACAGUAUUGUUUAUUAUUUAAAAGAUCAAUUGCCUUGAUGAGCUGAUAUAAAUCAACCUACUUUUCUGCUCAAAAAAUCCAUAAUUAAAUGGUUUCCAGUUGCAGAGCCAUAUUUGUUACUUUUGCAUUCCCAUUUUACAUUCAUUUUAUUUUGAGGCUUAUAUCUGUCGUAUGCUGCCACAGACUCCGACAUAGCAGAGUGUGAUUAUUCAAAAUGUAUGGGGUGUGGUCACCUGAUUUUGUACCAGGUUUUUGUUUUGACUGAGACUCGGCACCUACCAGAGAGCACUCUCAUUUUGUAAGGUACAGUUCUUUAUGAAUGCCCCAGCCUGCAAGCAAAUGUGGUGGAUGCUAUUUACAAAAUGUCGGGGAACCCAUUUGGCUGUUAUAGAUGCAAAUAAUCUAUUUUAAAUGCUCUUUUUGUAAUGUUCCCUCCGCCUGGCUGUGUACGACUGCAACAUGUAUUAUUCUGCAAGUUAAAAAUAAUUAAAACAUUACAUUCAUAAAUAAAACUUUUAAAAACUGUUUAAAAUGA